AUGGGGGUCAUCAUCAGUGCUGUCACAGAAACCCACUGCAAAAGCCGCCCCCUAGAUCUGGUGUUCAUCAUCGACAGCUCCCGUAGCGUACGCCCCCAAGAAUUUGAGAAGGUCAAAAUCUUCUUGGCUGACAUGGUCGACACCCUCGAGAUUGGCGCAGACGCCACACGUGUUGCCGUUGUGAACUACGCUAGCACAGUGAAGAUUGAGUUCCUGCUCAAGACGCACUUCGACAAGCCGGGCCUGAAAGCAGCGUUGGCGCGCAUCGAAUCCUUAGCGGCUGGCACCAUGACGGGGCUAGCCAUCAAGACGGCCAUGGAGGAGACCUUCACCGAGGGAUCGGGCGCCCGGCUAACCAACAAGAACAUCGCCAAGGUGGCCAUCAUCGUGACGGACGGGCGGCCCCAGGACACGGUGGAGGAGGUUGCCGCGGCGGCGAGGGCGGCAGGCAUCGAGAUCUACGCAGUCGGGGUGGACAGGGCGGACAUGAAGUCCCUGCGUCUCAUGGCCAGUCUGCCAUUGGACGAACACGUGUUCUACGUGGAGACUUACGGCGUCAUCGAGAAGCUCACGUCCAAGUUCAGGGAAACGCUGUGUGGUGUGGACGCCUGUGCCCUGGGACACGACUGCGACCACAUAUGUGUCAACAACAACAACAACAACUCGUACGCCUGCAAGUGUCGAGAAGGCUAUACACUGAAUGCAGACAAGAAAACAUGCUCACAGGACGCGAAUGAGAUGAGUGGGAAUGAGCUGAGUGAAGACGCCUGUAUGUGUGAGGCUCAGAUUGCGUUCCAGAUGAAGAUGCAAUCCACCAUAAAGCAGCUGACCAACAAACUUGAUGACCUAUCGAGGAAAGUGACCCAGUUUGGAGGCAGGCGUUGA